AAUCUCAAGUUCAUAAUCUGUUUCUCUCUCUUCAUUUCCCCAUUAGUUACUUUUUUUUUCCUGUUUAAUUUCUUUGCUUCACUCUGAGUUCUGCAAUUUGAUGUUUUGUAUCUCAAAGUUCCAAUCUUUCUUCUUCUUCUUCAAGUUAUUUGAAUCUUGUUUCUGGGCUCUGUGUUUUAUUGACAUUCAAAGUUUUGAAUGUGAAAUAAAAAACCUUUCUUGAAAAGUUGAAAGAAAUCUCUGUUAAUGGAAGCAAGAGAAGGAAUCAAGAUCAGUGGAGUUACAGUAGUAACAUCAGAUGCUCCAUCAGAUUAUCAUCUUGCCCCUCGGUCGGAAAACCCAACACCCACAACCGGAUCAGCUCCCGCCGGAACCCCACAAGUCAGUAUAACGCCGGCGCCUGCGCCGCCAGCAGCAUCAUGGGCGUUGGUGCCUCUAAAGAAGAAGAGAGGUCGGCCGAGGAAGUAUGGACCAGAUGGGUCUGUAAAUACAGCUAUAUCUCCAAAACCCAUUUCAUCGUCGGCGCCGCCGCCGGUGAUUGAUUUCUCCACCGGAAAAAAGGGUAAGAUUCGUGGGGUUGGAUCUUCACUUAAGUUGCAGCAUCAACAUCAGCAGCAGCAGCAGCAUCAACAUCAUCAACAGCAGCAGCAAAACACUGUGGUGAAUAAUAAUAGUAACAAUAAUCUAGGAGAAUGGGUUUCAUGUUCUGUUGGUGCUAACUUUACUCCUCAUAUAAUUACUGUCAAUGCUGGAGAGGAUGUUACAAUGAAAGUUAUAUCGUUUUCUCAACAAGGGCCUCGAGCGAUUUGUAUUCUUUCUGCAAAUGGUGUUAUUUCAAGUGUUACACUUCGACAGCCUGAUUCUUCGGGUGGUACUUUAACCUAUGAGGGUCGGUUUGAGAUACUGUCUUUAACUGGUUCGUUUAUGCCAUCUGAAAUUAAUGGUGGUGGUAUAAGAAAUAGAACAGGAGGUAUGAGUGUUUCUUUGGCAAGUCCCGAUGGAAGAGUUGUUGGUGGCGGCGUCGCUGGCUUACUUGUAGCUGCCAGCCCAGUGCAGAUUGUGGUGGGUAGUUUUGUGUCGGGAAAUCAGGUUGAACCUACUAAGGUAAAGAAACAGAAAACUGAUUCAUCCCCUGUUGUAAUAACCGCUACUCCUGCUGCUGCUGCUGCGCCAGUGGUGGCGGUGGAGAGGGAUGUCGAAGGGGUGGCCGGAUAUGGUGGUGGUGGUGGUCAUCGGGUGGUAAUGGAGAAACCAAAUUGGGGUUCAACGGGUGCAGAUUCAAGAACCGACAUAAAUGUGAGUCUAUCGGGGUGAAAUUGGGGUGGGAUUAUUGGAUAUUUGCUGACUAUUGACUGCAACAAAGACAAAGACAAUGAAUGGAGUUUAGUUUAUUUGUGGUAUAAGAUUAGGUAAGAUAUUAUUAUUUAUUAUCAGACAUGAAUUGUUGUGUGUUUUAAUAUGUAUUGUAGCUUGUUAAUUAGUUAAUCAGAUAGUUCAUGAGAACAAACAUAUGUUAAUUCACCUUUUU